AUGGUGUCAUUCGUGAACGGUGACAGCGGAUACGAGACUGUUUACAAACGGAGACGGAUGAACGGCGCAUCGCCUCUCGCAGAAGCGCUCGCAUCGGCUCAUCAGCGGCAGACAGCCAGGCACAGGAAACAGAAACUCAUGUCCAAACUGAGCGACUCCGGGUUCGAGGAAGAUUUGGGAUUCUCCCCGAUUUCAUCCCCGGCUCGGACAAAUGUGUCCCCGCUCCGUUUGAAUGCACCGGAGCCUCCUGCAGAACAACUGUCCAACUGGUACCUUCAGUACGGAGACAUCGGUUACAACAUCCAGAGGGAGAAAGAGGCGCAGUUUCAUCCUUGCAAAAGCUUGGCACGCCAGCCACAACUCACUGCAGAGGCACGGUGUAAACUUGUCAGCUGGCUCAUCCCUGUCCACAAACAUCUCCGUCUGUCCUUUGAGUGCUGCUGCCUGGCAGUGAACAUCAUGGACAGGUUCCUAGCAUCCACAGCGGUGGCCGCAGACUGCUUCCAGCUGUUGGGUGUCACUGCACUUCUUCUAGCCAGUAAGCAGGUGGAGGUUUGCUCACCACGGAUCAGCCAUCUCUUGUCAUUGUGCUGUGGUGCCUUCAACAAGGAGCAGCUCUGCAACCUGGAGUGUCUCAUCCUCCUUCGUCUCAACUUCAGGCUCGCUGCACCCACCCUGGCCUUUUUCCUGGACUAUUACACCAACUGCAUUGAGGCUUCCCAGCUUGUGACUGAGAGCACAGGUUACAGGUUUGCAAGAAUGAACCCAGACAUAAACAGACCCAGGCAGUGCAGCAAUCUCGCACAAAAGAUGUGUGAGUUGAGCCUGGCAGACUAUGCUUUCAACAAAUACCCACCAUCUCUGACAGCUAGCUGUGCACUGAGGCUAGCCAAUGAGCUACUGGAAACUGAACAAGGACUUGUUGAGCAUGCAACCAUCCAUUCACAGGAAGACCAGUGGGACAGUUUUGAGGAUGAAAUAUGCACCCAACCAGCUUCUGCCCAACCACCUGAGAGCCCUGAGGGGAACUCUCUGAUAGUAAAGGACCACUUACUGCCUUUAGGUCAGGUGAGCCACAACCACAGUCUGGCUCAGGAAUGCAAAGACAACCUGAAGCUGUUGGUAUCAUUAAACCAGGAGACACUGGAAGUGAUGUCCACUAUGUGA